UAUAAAAGUGUUGAUAUUUGCAGUUUCAACAAAGGAAGAUUUUUUUAUGUUUGUUAUGUAACCGCAUGUAAACAGAGAGAGAGAAAGAGAGAGAAAAAAAAAUGUCUCGUGUCCACAUCAACAAGCGCUUCAGUUGGUCCAUUCUUCGAAAACUGAAGUGUAACAGUGGUUUGAAAAAGUGCAGAUUUAUCUACAGCAAAACUGGAAAAUGGGAUGCAUCUGAAUUUACACCUGAAGUCAGAGCUGAGGUGGAAAAACACUGGAUACCACUUCUGCAGAAAAACAACAAUGAAAGAUGCUUAAACAAACCUCAGGACUCCAAGGAGAAGUUCUAUGUGUUGUCCAUGUUUCCUUAUCCCAGUGGUAAACUCCACAUGGGACACGUCAGAGUAUACAGUAUCAGUGACGUCAUCGCUCGCUUUCAUCGCUUAACUGGCAAAGAUGUUGUUCAUCCUAUGGGCUGGGAUGCUUUUGGUCUGCCCGCUGAAAAUGCAGCUAUUGAUCAUGGGGAACUUCCAGAUGUGUGGACUAGAAGGAACAUUAUUGCCAUGAGAAAACAGUUGAAUGACAUGUGCUUCAGCUUUGAUUGGAAUACAGAAUACGCCACUUGUGAUCCUGAAUACUACAGGUGGACACAGUUCAUAUUCCUGAAAAUGUUUGAAGCUGGGCUGGUAGAACAAAGAAAAGAAAUUGUGAAUUGGGAUCCAGUAGAUGAAACUGUUUUAGCCAAUGAGCAGAUUGAUGAAAAAGGUUGUUCUUGGAGGUCAGGGGCCAAAGUUCAAAAGAUUUACCUUAAACAGUGGUUCAUUAAAACCAAAGUAUAUGCAAAGUCGCUGUUAGAUGGCUUGUCUGAGGUGGAUGAUAAUUUAUGGAAGGAUGUUAAAAAGUUACAGAAGCGUUGGAUUGGGGACUGCAAUGGAACCAGGAUUGACUUCAGAUUAAGGCUUGAUGGUGUAGAGUGGGAGGAGCCUCUAGCAGUGUUCACAUCCACUCCCGAGUGUCUGUAUGGAGUGUCUCAUAUUGCAUUACCGACCAAUCACAGACUGAAUGAUCAGAAAUACUACAAGUUUCCAGACAAGAAUGGUUCAAAAGCGAUUUUAUUAACUAUGGAGGCUAUUCAUCCUCUGACUGGAAAUUCUGUCCCAAUCAUUGUGUCUCCAGAUGUUCCAAAUAUUCCUUAUACUCCAGACAAUGAACAUUUAGCUAUUCCCUGUAUUAAUGAAGAAGACAAAUCAACAGCUGAUAAAAUGGGCUUCACCUAUGCUGAGGUCAUAAAAGAUAAUGUCAUAGUGAAGUCUGGACAGUUUUCUGGACUCAGUAGGGAAGAGGCACAUGAAAAAGUGUUGCAUUAUGCAAAAGAGAAGAAGAUUGGAGGAUUUCUGAUGAGUUUGGACUCUAAAGACUGGUUGAUUUCCAGACAGCGCUACUGGGGUACACCUAUUCCCAUUAUCCACUGCCCCAAAUGUAAGGCAGUACCUGUUCCACUGGAAGAUCUACCAGUGAAACUCCCUUCCAUUGCCAAAUUCACAGGGAAAUCUUCACCAUUAAAGCAAAGCACUGAUUGGCUGAAUGUACCUUGUCCAAAAUGUGGUUCACCCUCUGAGAGGGAGACUGAUACUAUGGAUACAUUUGUGGAUUCCUCCUGGUAUUUCCUACGUUAUCUGGACGCACACAACACAGAGGCACCCUAUUCACCAGAUAAGGUCAACAAGUACAUGCCUGUAGACCUGUAUAUUGGGGGGAAAGAACAUGCGAUCCUUCACCUAUAUUUUGCCAGAUUCUUCAAUUAUUUCUUAUGUGACCAUGGAGGACUGAAGCACAGAGAACCUUUUGUCAAUCUCCUAACACAGGGCAUGGUCAUGGGUCAAUCGUUCAGUGUCAAAUCAAGUGGAAAAUAUCUUAGGAAAGAACAGGUGGACUUCUCAGGUGAGAGACCUGCAGAGAAAGGUACAGGAGAGGAAGUUGUUGUACAGUGGGAGAAGAUGAGCAAAUCCAAAUACAACGGGGUGGAUCCACAGGAUGUUAUUGAUCAGUUUGGUGUGGAUGCAACCAGAUUAGCUAUUUUAGGCACUGUCUCCCCCAGGUCAGACAGGGAAUGGUCAAAUCAAGCUUUUGUCAACAUAACUCGCUGGCAGAAUCGAGUUUGGAACACCAUUACAAAGUACAUACAGCUCUCUACUGAUCCACUUUCCUCAGAGGUGGAUCCAAGUAAAUUGACUGAGAUUGACAAUAAACUUUUCCAAAACAGAAAUCACUUGAUACAUGAGGUGACGAUUUCACUGGAGACACUCUUUAACACUAGCAUAGUAAUGACUCUUCUGUUUGACUUCAUGAAGAAAAUCAAGGUUGUGCCAGAUGAAGUUAAACUUGUAAGCAGGGAGUAUGAGAAAUGUUUGGCUGACAUGAUCAUUAUUAUUGCCCCGUUUGCCCCUAGUUAUGCUGAGGAGCUGUGGGUGGGGCUUAGCAGUGUGGCCAGGGGCACAGGGUAUUUAUGGCAUGAAAGCGUAUUUAACCAGAAGUGGCCAUCGGUUGACCCCAACAUGGUGAUAAAAGUAAAACUGACACAGAAUAAAGGAAGACCUGUAGGAGAAAUUACAAUGAAACUGAAGGAGUAUGGGUGCCUGGAUGAGAAGGAACUCUUAGAAUUAUGUUCAAAGGACAAGAAAUUUCAAAAUUCUAUUGGGAAUUCGUAUACAAAAUUUCACUGGUCUAGGAACGAGUUCCUGCAACCAGUGAUAAAUUUUACUGUACCAAGGAAAAAGGACUCAGGGAAAGAAGAAAAGAGAGAGAAAAGUGAGAAAAAGACUAGCUAAUAUAAUGUUGGAAAUAGGACUUGACUUCAUUUGUGUG